GCUGAAUCAACGCAGAAGAAAUUCAUCCAACAAAGUUUUAAAGAAAAAUCGUUGAUCUCGGGAUCAAAACCUACAAAAAGGUAGGGGUAUUAAUACUUUAGCGUUAAUUAAUUCAUCAACGUUGUCUUCUUUUAAUAGAAUUCAAUCUUCCGGACCUUCAGUUACGGCCAGUUAGGAAGUUAGGAAAAGUUUGCACAGGAUGGGACACAUUCAUGGAUAGCACACACCGUGGGAGAAUAGUAUAUUCGUGUGGGGUACGCUUAAGCUACAAAUGAAAACAGGGAAGUCAAUUAAAUGACUUAUUAUGAUGAGAAAAAUUUCCGGCUUUUCUAUCCUUGCCCACAGAGUCCGCGCUUAAAAGCUAGUUAAAUAAAUAUGCGAAGUCGCGAAAUAACAGCGUCAAUCCAUGAUUUAGUCUCCGGCUCAGUAUUUGUUAACUUUUAGCUCUCAAUUUUUGAGUUUUUGUCUAAUUCAGGCCGAAUUUCUUUGAGUUGAACCAUGUCAAAAACUCGCAGUGUUAAUACAUCUACUCCACCGUUCCCUGAAAGGAAAAGAUACUGUCAGUAGUUUUGAUGAGUUGUUUAAUAAGCUCUUGACGUGUUUCGGUCACGUACAAGUCUUCAUCGCUGCUAUUCCUAUUAGGGGCUGAGCUACGUAAGCUGCUUUUUUGGACUGCUCAGCUGCCAGAAAUUCAAAUUUAUCUCUUUCUGCGCGUUCUUUAACUGACCUGGUGAAAUUUCAUAAACCAUCCACUUAACCAUCGCUUCAAUGCACGCGACGCCAAUUCUUAAAAACUACAUAAUUGAAUGCGCAAGCACGGUGUAUCUGAGAGGCGAAACGCUGCCGGAAGUCGACUCUCCCUUUCCCUGGAAGUCGUUUCAAGUUAUUUAUAUUCAGCCAAAACGUAGGCUUUCCAUAUAUUUACUUGAUGAAAAGAAAAACUACUCUAAGCAGUUUCAUUUGCAUUUUGACUCAAGAAACUCCUCUGCUGACCUAAUUUCUCUAAAGAAGAAAAACUGGGAAAGACACAGCCGUGUUUGACGCAUGAAAGUUCUGUAUGUAAUAUUUGUCGAUAUCCCACUAAACUGAAGAGCGAUGAAAAUGCAUGUAGCGAGUGCAUACCAUAACUGGCGAAUGUUUCUACCUUUAUGGACAUUAUAAAUCUAGGUAAAGCUGUUCAAACAUACAUGGUUUUGAACCGAAAUUUUGACUAAAGUGAACUUAUGAAAACUGACCAUUUCACACAGCUUGAAAUUCCUUACUGCUUUUUUGUCAGAGGAUCCAAAACCGUGCCCAAGAAAUCAUGAUCAUAGUCUAGUAUUGGCAUCAAAUUACUAGAUCAAUUCUGUCUUACUCACGAUAGACCGUAUUUUUACUACAAAAGAAAAGGAAUACUUAAGCAUUGGCACAUGUCCUUCUGAUAUAAAAGGAUCUUAAAAUGGUGAUUAUCACCCAAGUAGAAAGUUUUAUUCGAUGGGCGGACGGAAUAUUUAAUGAAGACAUGUGAUUUUGUUGGGAGAAGAGAAAUGCUGUGACCUUCCCGGCGCUUCACGUGUAAAUUUCCCGACAGUGGGUGUUAUUUGUUUACUGUCGUUAAUUGAUGACCAAAAUUAACCAGCCCGAAAAUGAAACAAGAAUACGGAAAUUGGAAAUAUCCACCAAAGCCCUUAUCUGGUGAUCCCUAAGAAAUAGAUUUACUUGAGGAAAACAAACAAGUCUCUAUAAGCCCAUCAGCUUGUGUAUCCGCUUUUUAGUAUACACAUAAGAUUAGAAAUAUUAGGCCGUCUGAACAUACCUUUAAUCACUUAGAAAAUGUCGUGAAAAUUUUUGCGUAGAAGAAAUAUCUGCUCUUUGGAGGCUAAUGUAAUACAAUAUCUUGAUGAUUUUAUAUCAGUGAAAGCAGCUAUGUUCUUGAAGUAAAACCUUAAUUUAGCGCCCAAACUUUUUAGCGGCACCAGCAUAUAUUUUUUAUAGAGAGCAACAAAAUCUGAAACCCAAACCACAGGUAUGUCAUCUUUGGGUGCUGCCUAAUCAUACCUCGUGGUAUAUCUCAAAAGGGACUCUUCAGAGUCGGGAAUAAACAAGAAACCGUUAUGAUAAGGAAAAAAACUAGCAACUUUAACACGGCUAAGUAUUUGAUCUCGAAAAGAGACUGAAAGAAUUCAGUCAGAAAUGUUUUCACGGGGCAAUAAAAUUCGACGCAGUCGAGUUAAUCCUUGUAUAAAGCCCAUAAGAUAGAUUGUAGAGAUAAGGAAAUUCUGGAAGCCUGAUCUGGACAGCCGCCGACUGAAAGACUCUCUCUCCUAGUCUCGGUACAUUAAAGAGGCGGUAAGUUUUUUUUUGCGGCGAUGUCCGCGGAGAGCGGAUUUAAAGUAUUGCGUUUGACGAAAAACGAAAAAGCUCAGAUUGUUGUUGAUUCAGUUUACGUUAUUCGCAGAUUAUAGAAUUUAUCGAUAAGAAAAUUUCUCGCCCUACUCAAAACCAAAAGAUUGUACAAAGUAAACUCCUCUCUUCCUCUUUAGCUGUUCACGAAAAGAAAAUGCUAAUACAAUCAAAUGCAAUGAUAAAGGUGAAGCUUGAUUUUCACCGAGAAAAAAAAAGUAGAAACUCGCCAAUAAGACUCUUAUCAUGAUAUUAAGUAUUUCUUUGAGAUAAUAUUGACUUUCAGUAAAGACAUUUAUUUUUUGCGAUAACAUUAAGGCAAAAGAACCUUUGUCAAGGAUUACCGAAUCUGAUCUUGCUCCGUAUCGGAAAUAAGGCUCAAAAUAACUUGGCCGUCAUUGAAAGUGUAGGUACAUCACUUACAUAGAUCUUUUAAUGAUCGCUAUGCAGUUUCGAGAACAUCAAGUUGAAUCGGAACAAUCAAACCUUUAUAAGUUUCAGUGCAAUUCAGCCAUGAUUGGCAUUCAGCUCGAAGCAACCUCAAAAUCGGUCAAUGAAAAAAUACAAACUGUGAUCUUCACAGGACCCACCUACCACGGACCACAGAUUUUAAAGAUGUAAGAAUAUAAGAAGAACUAUGAAAUAACAAUUCCAACCAUUUUCUAUGCAGUACAGCUUUCAAGAUUUUUCCAAUUUUCCUUUCUUUAUGUAUGGUAAAAAGGUAUUGAUCCCUUCCCCAACGUGUUGCAUUAAAAUGCUUGAAGAUUGGUUUUUGGGGCAUGUUUAAAGAGCGAAACUUGGCAUUAACUUAUGGAUCGGAUAAAUUCCCUAUAAGUGUUCCAAAAGAUGUUGGUCCUUUACUUUAGACAUGUUUACUCAUACCUGUUGAUAUCAUCACCUAUUCAAAUGCUCCACACAAUGAAGGAUUAUUUUGUUUUUCAAUCGUCUAAAGCUCUAAGACAAGACAGCCACAUUCGACAUAUUCCGGUUACGAAUUCCUGUAAAUCUCAUGGGAAUUUAAGGUCAGAAGACAGCUUGCUCACGCUAAAAAUAUUUCAAAACUGCACAAGAAAGAAGAUUACUAUUUCCCUAUCGCAUUAUGACUCAAACUGUAGUAAGAUUAAAAGUUGAAGCUUGAAUGAUUUUAAAAACUGUUGGUCUCAAUGAGGAAAAAGUCGUGAAUAGGAAAAUAACUUUCAAGAAAUAAUGAGAAGAUGCUAGUGCCGCUCAUUAGUGAAAAAUUAUUAUUACUGUUUUGUUCCUUUUGUUUGUAUUCCAACGUAAAUCUUUAGUUACAAAGAAAAUGUUAAACAAAAAAUGUUUUCAUUAAUUAUGUGACUUUAUUUUGAGGGUUCCUUUUUUUAAACAUCCCAAUGCCUUCAGCUGUAAAAGUAUAAUUUCUAAACAAGCUUUUACCCAUUUCAGUUUCCUUUAAAAGACCACGCGUCUGGUUCGUAAUUUAUUGACAAGUUUUCUUGACGACCUUGAACGGUCUCUUGAGUGACACAUGUACGUCACAAUCACGCCAAACUAGAGUGGGGCACAGGCUAAACCUUAAGUCAUCGUUAUACAUGUAAUUUGAAUAGCUGGUGUUUAACUGGUGGAGUUACUUCUUUUUAUUUUUACGUAAAUUCAAGUCCAUGAAAUUGAGAUUGGAAGGGUGGCUGGAACAAGUACACCGUACAUCUCAUGAAGUAACUGGUUCACAUCAGGAAAAUUCGGAUCGUAAUUGUUCCAAUAUCAUUCUAUUCUCAUAAAUGAAAAGUUUUGUGCAAGGUAGGGGAACCUAUAACAGAUCCCAUACAGAUAUUUUUAGGCAAGAUCUAAAGCACAAGUGAUGAAGGUAAUUUGACUGCUGACCUACGUUCACCCCUUUGGGAUUGCGGGAGCGUGCUACUGAACUCGCUCUUGCCGUAAGUUGUGAUGCAUAUUUCACCUUUUUUUUUCUUCCAUUUGGAAAGUUGAAAGCUUUGACAACUCUCCCAUAAAGAGUUUUUUGGUGCUUUUUUCUGCUUUGUAUAAGGAUCAUAUUAGCCGAAAGUAUAGUUUGCGAUUUUUAAAUAGUUUUACUUAAAAGGAAUAUGAGCAAACUGUGGGUUCAGAUUGAAACACCACGACAACAACAAAAAGAAAUGCUCAAAGCAGUAACAGGGAAUGAAGUCUGCAAAGGAAUAUUCUGGCUAUAAGGCUACUUAUAAAAAUCGCUUGAUUUGAUGGUUGAGGAAUUGAAUUUCUUCCUUCCUUCGGCCGUAGAGUCACACAGUUGUACGACGACAUCAGCGCACUGCCAUUUUCAAUAAACUUAGGAAGUAUGUCCCAAUGCUAGGGAAUGAAAAUUAAAUAGGGAUCAGUGAAAUUAAUCGGAACUGCUCAUGUAGGCAAAGAAUGAGCGAAAUCUGGCUGUAGUCAGGCGAAUGAUAAUUACCUAGUAAAUGUGGCAGGUGUUUCUAUUAUCAGUUUGGAUUUCAUGCAUUGCGAUCAAUUGUGUUCAAUAUGAAAUAACUUGCAUUAUUUUUGGAUUGUUUGCAUUCUUUAGGAAAGUGUGCUAUCUGUGUAUCGCUUUUUCUAUACAGUGAUUUGUCUCUUAAUUAACUUCGGAGCAGGAGCGGUUAAUAUGGUAUUUAUUGCAUACUUGGAUGAUACCUCUUACCGUAUUAAAGUUGAGAUUUAGUUAAGAGUUUUAAGGCGUGUUACUUUGCUACCAUCGAUAAGAGACAUUGAGUGUCCACACUUCUGCACUUUGUCACAGCCAAGAAUAAAGUAUCACAAAACAGCUCGCUCGGAAGUCAUGAGGAAAAAAAUAAUAACUUCUCACAGCUGUAUUUGUCGAGUUUGUGUAAAGAGUCGGCUAUCGAGAUUCGCAAACAACACCGCUUCUAAACAAAGAACCGCACGCAAGCGGAAAGCCAUAUUCUUGUCGCACGCACAGACCGCAACAUAAGCUAUUUUUGUUUCCUGAUUGGGUUUGAAGAUUAAUGACAUGUAUGAGCCACGUGACCUAAGCUCUGAUGAGCCCGUUGCGAUGAAAUAUAACGCGUGUUACUUGUCCACUGUUGCAGAUAGACCACCACUGUUCCUGAGUAACACGUCAUUGAAAGCCAAGGCUGAAACAUAUUCCAAUGGAUAUCUUAAGGGGCCUCCUGUUUAUCAUUGCUCUGCAUCACUCCACAUUCUACACCCAUGCUGAUCAGACAUCAAUCAAGGUAAUAAUCAUCGUUGUUCUAUUUUUCGACCAGAACGGUUUGUUGUCUUACUUCUUUCUUAGUGCACGAGCAAAGGCCUUAGUGACACGUGGAUCAAUAAGCAUGCGUUAGUUGCUUAGUUUGAAUUUUAUUGCCCUCAGCUUGAUGCAACUUUGGCAGAUCUUGAUGUUUGGGAGGAGAGAAAACAGAUAACUAUUCUAAUCAAUCAAAUAAUUAUCGGCCUUUCCCAGUGAAAGCGAUCAUUAGAUACGUAAAAUACUACUUGUGACGACCCGAUGUCAAUUGUUUACAAGUGAACUAGGACUUGUGCCGUUUCACUUUUCCUUGAGCUAUUGUAGACUUAGCAUAGAGGGUCAACGGAAUCAUCUUCAAAAACCAAUGGGGGAGACAGAUUCUCUCUAUUUCAGCGUUGUCAUUCUUUUCCUGAAGGUCAAGAUUCCAUUAGACUUGUUAAACCGACGGGCGCGUAAAAGCAAAGAAAUUUCUAUUAGAUUAGUGUUUAUUAUGCAUAUUAGCGUCGAGCAAAACAAUGCAAUAAAAUGUUCUUUUCUUUUUGUUUGUUAUCUGUGACAACAAAGGCCACAGACGUAAAACGAUGUGAUUUUAACAAAUGAAGCAAACUAAUGAAACCCAGCCAUCGUUUUCGAUAGUAGAUCACAGAUCCAAGUUGUGUAGGAAAUGUAACCUGUACAUUUAACUUUUGCAGAAAAAUAAAUCAGUUAACAAGCCUCAUGGACGGCACGUGGCGAACAAGAGAGGGUGGUCUACAUUAUUUGACCCACACGGCGGGAACAGUUCAUACCCAAACAUUUCGACGACUGUCCAUUUGAGACAAAAUGUCUCUCAGACUGAGGCAACAAUCGCAUCUUUACAUCCAGUAGAAACUAUUCGAGGAGAAAAGAAAAGAAAACGAAGAAGGAAAAAGAACAUGAAAAAGAUGCUCAAGAAAUUGCGAAGUGGAAGUCUCGUGGGGGUAAGAUAAUUAUUCACAAAUCUUAAGGAUUGUUUACUCUCGUGGGACGUUUUUUGGUUAACCACAUGUUUUGAGGCACAGCAUGGGUAGUUUGUAACGUGUUUUCUCCAUACACCUAAACAGACUACAUCAGGGCCAAAGAUCUGAUUAUAAGUGCUAGGUUCUUCAUUAUUGAUCUCCUGUUGAGGCAUUUCAAAAUUAAUUGCAAAAAAAUGACACUUAAUUGCCCCGGAAUCUCCCGCGGCUAAAGUUGUUUUCCAAGAGUUAAUUGCUCAUUUUCAAGGUCGUUUGCUAUCUUCUUCUCACUUAAAUGUUAUGGAAAAUUUACCUUCAUCGAUCAGGAUUCUACAACUAUUCCAAGCAAGGUAAUAACCCUACCAGCCAGCGGCGGCUAAUGUACUAUUUGAUUGAUGGCAUGGUCUCUACGCUCUUUUCAUGGGUCAUUUCACCGACUGAAUAAGAGGGGGUCAAAAUCCUUCUUGAUAACUCGUCUUGACCACCUGUGCUACGCACGCCUUUAGAUACAAAAUACCUCUACAAAUCAUAUACUUUUGAUCAUCCGAGAGCCAAAUUUAUGAUUCUUAAAGAAAAGAGAAAGAGCCUCGAAAGAUAAUUUCCUCUCUAAUAAAAACACUCCAUUCCAAUGAAAACAUUCAACGAUAUUAGUAAAUUAAGCUCGCCGUUGGUGGCGCGCUUAAAUAUCUCUCGAGAUAUAAAUAGACUUGCUUAACUGAAGGAAGAAGGUCGGUACUUUUUCUAUGGAGGCUUGAGGCAUGAACGGAGUCUGCUAUUGUCGUGAGACUAAAGUAAAAGAACUUGGAUGCAAUGCAAUUGAAGAUCUGACGAAGUAUAUUUUCUGAUUGGUUGCGUAGGAUAAUUGAAUAACAAAAGGAACAGAAUGCAAAUGAUAAUAAAUAAAUGAGGGAAAAUCAUUUUACAUAACACGUACUUGUUUUUUUUUAGAGAGAGCAGUUUUUCCAGUUACCGGUCCAUGGCUUAAUGUGGGGCUAUUUUAAUUUUUUUGCUUUCGUUUCAUUUUUAAAUUGAAACAUUUACAUAUCACUAAAUUUGAUUGUGCUCUAAUUGAAACUGCAGCAACACAGCCGAUUUACGACCCACGCGAAAGAAAACAUACUGACAUUAAUCUGAAAAUAGACCCAUUAUCCCAGGUCCAGGUCCAAGGUUCAGUUCUUACAGAAAACAAACAAUAUCAUCCAAACGGCUCCUUGCAAGAUUUCUCACAAGAAAUGAGGAAAAUUUUUUAUUUUUUCAAUCGAUUAAACGCUUUUCAACUGUACCAGCAUGUUUUCUAUUGAAGGGCGCAAUUUCACAACUCGCCAGCGAUUAGCGACUGAAUAUAAGCCAUUAAUUAUUUCCGGUUCUGUUAGGUGUAAAUAACCUACAGACACGAGGUUAGAGAUAACAUAAGAACUUGUUAAUUUGUUAACCUAUUGUAAAUUGGUGAGGCGUGGAAAAAGGUCAGAGCAUUUUAUGGGCCCAACGGAAAGAAACGCCCUCAGAAAUCAAUCUUCAUGGAUGGUAUUCGGACUUGAUAAUUGAUAUUUCUGGAGUGGAUAAACACAAACAAAAUAAUAGCGCUGUUGAUUUUAAACCAUAUCACUCUUCCUAUAUUCGAAUGUUGUCGGCCACUUCAAAGCAAAUAAAUUUUGCGUACCCUAUAGAUUCACGUGGGUCGCGGGAGACACUUGGAUUUCACGAGUGAGAGACCAAAAUACCUUUUAGACUAUUUUGGAAAAGAAAAAGAGAAAGAGAAAAAAGAAGCUUAAUGUGUACUCUGGAUUAGUCAUCUAUGAUAUCUCUUCGCCGAUUAGUUUAUUUCAUCAAAGGGCAGAACCUUGAUGAACACAAUGCGUGGGUCUUGCAGCGGUAAUUAGUACGUGGGUGUGUUGAGGUUAGACGACUCGAGCGAAAUAUAUCGUUUUCGACUCCUGAGACAGUCAUUAGAAUAUUUUUUUGACAUCUUCAAUACUUUCAAAUAUACCAAAUGCACAAGGAACUCUUUCUACGCUUUUAUAGUUUUCUAACUGAAGUAACCACUUUGGAAUUAUGAUUAACCUUGCACACGUUGGCACUGAGCCCAGGAGAUGACUGACCCUCUGACAAGUGCGUGGGCGACACAAAACCGACAGCUGCAGUAUGCUCUUUACGUUAUUUUAUAACGCUGAAGAGGCGGCUUGUCAGUCAUAUUUAGCUUCUUUAAGAUUCAGAACUUUGCAGUUCAAUACUUGGGGAAAAUAUUGCCGAAUAUUGUAUCAAAAUGCAAAAUACAAGAGAAACCAAGAGGACAAAAACUUUUGAGCAUUUUGAUCCAGAGAUCCAUUUUAAUCUUCCUUUUAUCUGCUUUGCGUACUAACCUUAAUCUCUUUGAGCUUUCAAAAUAACAUGGAUUUGAUGUAAUUACUAAAUAAGAGCUUGAUAUUUUUAUCUUCUAAAAUAGUUGUCUUUUGAUUACCCAGCGAUCUGUGGGUAAAAUGCUUAGUGUGCGUAACACAACAUGCAUGCAUAGUGAUGUUCAAGAGUCACUUGCAAAGAACCACUUCAGAUCGAUUUAUAAAAAAAAUUGAAAAUAUUGAUCGAGUCUUUAUUUCUAACGAUGAACCCUUGUGGAAGUGGAACAAUCGUUAUUUCAACUAGAAAUCAUCCCUUACAUUAUGCACGAUGAUCGUUUAAUUUUCCCCCUUAUAUUAUUUAAGAUUUAAAUCAAAACAAACGAGUUCUGCUCUGACAAAGGGCUAACGCUCGAAACGUCAGCUUUGAAACUCUUAACGGUAGCCAAUUUACGUUAUCAACUCAGUCGAUAGCAAAUUUCCCUGCUAUACUCUCCCACCGACGCAGCACCAGAGUUUCUCUAGAAAAUUACCCCCUUUUUAUGAUUUUCCAUGGUGAUUCCCGGCUUCAGAAAAUUGUUCUUGUAGACGAUAUUGACUAGUUUAAACUUCACCUGUAAAGGUCAUCUUCGUUCUGGUGACGCCUGGGUCCAUGUAUAACUAGCAUUUUUAAAGUGAUAACGUGACACCCUUUUUUUCAUGCUUACCGCUGAUUCUGGUUGAUGCGAAUAUCCAAAGAAUCAAGCUUCGAGAUCCAAAAGGAAUGUUGAAUCCCGUAAAUUAAAAAAUAGAACUUCUAAAAGAAUAGUACAGUAUGCGCCAGAUUUUCCUUUUUACUAGUUAUUAAUGAUUUAUCUAUAUGCAAAUGUUUAUUCUUUAAAUCACGUGGUCAUGCGUGGGAGAUGUGAAGUGCAUCAACAUGAGUUACGGUUUAACAGUGAAACCUGUCAGAACAAACCAUGACAACUGGAGUGGAUUACUGAGUAGUGACCCUUGACACGUUGAAUAAUUUGAUCAGAGUCCUCUUCAAGACAUUUUGAUAGGCACAUUUGUUUGCUCUGCUGCCAACUUGUAUGUUCGUUACAUUUAAAUUGAUUUCUCAAGAAGAGCAUGUACUCAAGUACUUUGAUAUUCAACAUCAAUAUGAUCUUUAUUACUACUUUCGCAGCACAAAGAAUCGCCUUCUACGAAGAGAAAAUGUAGAAACUGGAGCCAAUGCAAGAAAGACGAGUGUUGUAUAAGAUAUAGUGUCAAUAGAGGAUUCUGUAAGCGAAGACCCCAAAAGGGACAAAGAUGCAAGCCUGUUCUUUUGGUAAGAUAACUGUUGAUAGUAAUGUUUAGACCUCUUUCUGAUUAAAUUUACUGUAAAACCAAGCCCUCAACUGAUCAAAAUAGCCCAGUACAAUAAAGCUACCAAGUAGAGAUCAGUCUAAGCUUCGCCUCUACUUGGCCCAAAUAGAGAAAGUGGUUAGAGUUUGCCAAACCAUUUACAAAGCGUGGUAAAGCAAAACCAAUGUAAUCCAUAUGCCAUAUCCAUAUUCCAUAUUCUAGAAUACUAAAUACGUAGUUGACCAGAUUUUCCUUAUGUUAAUUCAGCCUGGUCUGAGAGAUUGUCCAUGCGACGAAGGUCUAACCUGCACCCGUUACAGAACGACGAAAUGGGGUCAGAAAAAACACAGAUGUGAACGUUUAAGAAUUAGUGAGGAAGAGGAAAAAGAGCAAAGGUAUUCUACUGGAUUAAACAAGAGAACUAACAAACGAAAUACGAAAUAAGUUCAAAGUGACUUUUCAAGUGGAACCGAGUACAGGCCUGAUGGAAAUGCAUCAAGAUGAAAUGUACCAGAUAAAGAGUUAAACUUAACCACUGAACCAGUCCCGCCAUAAUUACGAGGUGGCCUUCAUUACCUUCAGCGUUUUCAUUGAUGACCUUGAAAAUAGCAAAGAAAGAAGAACUACUCCAAAUUAGCCACAUUGCAUGUUGCUCUGUUCCCUCCCAUGCAAAAUACUUGCAAGUAGCUUAAGUAAGUUACUGUUUUACCACAGAUCGAUUCAUUUGGCUGCGACGUAGAAACUGGCUUUAGAUAAAUGGAAACCUAAAAGAUUUUGGUUUUCCAGUGCAGCUUAAGACCGAAGAAGUAAGACCAGACCAAAGUGUAGCUAGAGUGAUAAGGGUUGACGAAGAUUAACACGCAUUACUAACAAUGAACACGACAAAUUUAAGAAUAAAAGUUCUGUUCUUCUACGUAAACUAUAACAGCCGGCCCCUAGAGGUCACCAAAUGCCAGUCGAUUGACUACUUUAUUGAACAUUUGAAUGAUCUCAUGUGUUAUUGAACUUCUAGUUUUCACAAAAGGUUGGCGAAAACUAAGAAACGUAAAUUAUAUUUUCUACUGCGUUGACGUUAAAUGGUUAUGAAACUUUUUGAAAUUAUGAUGGAUGCCUGCUAUCUAACUUGAAAUGAUUGCUGAAUUUAUAGGUACUUGAACGGAGAAAAUUUCGGUUAUAUCGAAAUCAGCAAAUUUACCGAAGUAUUUUCAGGAUUGUGCUGCGCAACGAGCAUUCGCUAACGAAUUAAGAAAACCUUAAUAAUUAACAAUGAAAAGAAAAAGGCAGGAAAAUACGAAAAUGAUGAGAACUGUGAAAACUGAAAAUCUCGCUUAGAGCUUUCAAAGUUGUGAGAUUUGCGAUCAAUCCUGGACAUACCUCUAAAAAUAGGACGUAAAAGAUCUUGAAUGGGUAGACUCAUUGAAAUUCGUUUUAAUCGAUGUGGUCUUUUUCUCUGCUCUCGUGACCUUGGUGACGAAGCCAAACCUAGGCUACGAAGACCGAAACCGAUUCAGCAGGUCUCCGUGAAUCUCGACCACUUUUAUCGCGAGAAUGUUUUGACGACCCUUUAUUCGCAAGGGGUGUUAUUCAUUCAACAGGUACUUACGUACAACAUAUUUAUCAUGUACCAAGUUGAUCACAGGCACAAACGAUAUUAAGAUGAUAUGUUAAGAAAGAAAUGAGUUUCAAGUACGCUUGGUAAAGCUGUGUGAUAGACAUGGAAAUCAAUUGGGUUAUUAAUAAGCCACGACUGAGAGCUGGGGUUUUUUAUUUGUUUUGCUUUUGAUCAUAUAUGCGAGAACAAUUGUAGUCUAACAGCAAUUGUAAUUGGUGGCUGUAAAUAUAGAAUAAAAACUGUAACGUAAAUUGUUCAGUAGCUUGGCUUCCAUCGACAAACCUGGACUUUGGAUUACAAGAGUAAGCAAACUAAGAAGAGAAAAUGACAUAUUGUUGCUAGUAGAAGCAUGAAAAUGGCGCAUGUGAACCUGGUUUGUUUGGGCAGUGAUCUUAACUGAAAAGUGAGCUUGGAAAACAGUAAUGUAUGCGAUACUUAGGGACCAGUUUUGCCAGGGGAAAUAACACAUAGAAUAAAAGCACUUGGUAAACUCACAUAGACACUGUGCAAAUGUUACUGAAGUUAUGAUUCCUACAUCGGGCAAUUGACCACUGUGUGGUCGGCAACCGACCUCAGUAAAAGAAAUAAUUAUUUAUUGCAAGUUGCUAGUCCAAGGU